UGUAGUAGAGGGAAAAAAAAAAUGGGGGCUUCACAAUCACAGGAAGAGCUACAAUCACAACAACAGUUUCAACAACACCAACACCCAAAUGAACUCACCAGAAGGGAAUCAUUGUUGUUGUCUCCUGCAGCUAGUAACAACACAAAACAAUUCAGCAACAGCACAAAGGUAGUAGAUAAUGUCACAGCUGCCAACAGCACCAACACCAACUGUUUCAUGUUGAAUGCGAGAGCACUCUCAAUCACCUGGGCAGAAAAUCCAGACUAUUGGACAUGGGUACAGGAUAAAGAUGAAAGUGGCACGAUGAUAGAGUUACCUAAUCUGAAAAUGGUUUGCUGGCUAGAAGUGCAUGGGAAAUUUGACACUAGAAAACUUUCACUAGGAAUUCUAUAUCAAGUGUCAUUUAUUGUAAUGUUGAAAGAUUCAGCUCAAGGGUGGGAAGUUCCAAUAAAUGUUAGACUUGUCCUUCCUGGAGGAAAGAAACAACAACACAAGGAAAAUUUAAACGAGAAAUUAAGGGAGUGUUGGAUAGAGAUUCCAGUGGGAGAGUUUGUGGCAUCUGAAAAAGAUGUUGGCAACCUAGAGAUAUCUAUGUAUGAAUAUGAAGGUGGCAAGUGGAAGACAGGGCUUAUAAUCCAAGGCAUUGCCAUCAAACCAAAGAAUGAGACUAAUCAAUCACAACACCACCAACAACCACAUGAACUCACUAGAAGGGAAUCAUGGUUGAUGUCUCCUGCAGGUAACUCAAAAUACUUCAAGAAUAGCACAAAGGCAAUAGAUAAUGUCACAAGUGCCAGCAACACCAAUUCUUUCAUGGUGUAUGCAAGAUCACUCUCAAUCACUUGGGCAGAAAAUCCAAACUAUUGGAAAUGGGUACAACAUAAAGAAGCAAGUGGCACGAUGACAGAGUUAGCUAAACUUAAAAUGGUUUGCUGGCUAGAAGUGCAUGGGAAAUUUGACGCUAGAAAGCUUUUACCAGGAAUUCCAUAUCAAGUGUUGUUUAUUGUAAUGUUGAAAGAUUCAGCUCAAGGAUGGGAAGUUCCAAUAAAUUUUAGACUUGUCCUUCCUGGAGGAAAAAAACAAGAACACAAGGAGAAUUUAAACAAGAAGUUAAGGGAGAGUUGGAUACAUAUUCCAGUGGGAGAGUUUGUGGCAUCUGAAAAAGAUGUUGGCAACAUAGAGAUCUCUAUGUAUGAAUAUGAAGGUGGCAUGUGGAAGACAGGGCUUAUAAUCCAAGGCAUUGUCAUCAAACCAAAGAACUAAGAAUCAAGUAGAUACUAAGCUAUAUAUAAACCCCCUCUGCCAUAGUAACAUGUAAUGAAGUAUUUUAUUCCCAUAUUUAGUACUCUCUGAUCUCUAGUUAUAGAAUGAAUAGAGACAUGUUCACUCUAGUUGGCAUCUAGAGAUCCAAGAAAGAGAAGAAAAUAUAUAAAGAUGUGAUAAAAAAGAAUGAGAUGGAGAAAAUCGAUAUGCAUUUUUAAAGUGUUCUCAUAUCAUUACUCAAAUAAAAUACAAUAGCUUGCUGUUUUCUUC